CGCGAGCACGCGCCGCCCGAGAGGAGCAGAAGAUCUGCUGGGAUGCACACGACUUUCUUGUAAUAAACUCCGGAGAUAUCUACCCGUUAUACUGGUUUCGGAUUCGGUUUGUCAAGUUUUUGAAUAAACUGAAGCUUUAUUGAGGAAUUACUGUCCGGACACGCGAUGGGAACUUGGGCUCAAUAAAGCGCGUGAAUGUAGAGCAUCUAUAAAGUGUGCGGAGUCAGUGGUACCCUGAUCACUCCAAAAACCAGACAGGAGGACUUACAGAAAUGGAAACAUUCUUCGUUGAGGGUGCUCGCGUGUGGGUGCGAGACAAGGAGCAGCUCCUGCCCUCCGCCGUCAGCAGCUGCGAUGAGCAAAGCCUUAUCCUUACCACCGACUAUGGAGAGGUGAUAACUCUGGAUCAGAGUGAGGUGAACAGGCUCAAAGUUUCACCCAUGCACCCCACCAGCAUAAAUGGAGUGGAGGAUAUGUCAACGCUGGCCGAGUUGCAUGAGGCCGCCAUCAUGCACAACCUCUUCCUACGAUAUCAGAAGGACCUUAUUUAUACUAACAUUGGCUCCAUUCUAGCAGCUGUAAAUCCUUAUAAGCAGAUAGCAGGUCUUUAUGAUCCAGAAGCAGUAGAUCUGUACAGCAAACAUCACCUGGGUGAGCUGCCGCCACACAUCUUUGCUGUAGCCAACGAGUGUUACCGCUGCCUCUGGAAGAGACAUGAUAGUCAGUGUGUGCUUAUCAGUGGUGAGAGCGGUGCUGGGAAGACGGAAAGCACCAAACUGCUUCUGAAGUUUCUGUCCGUCAUGAGUCAGAACUCCACAGGUUCUCCACUGUCAGAGAGAACCACACGGGUGGAGCAGGCCAUCGUACAGAGCAGUCCAAUAAUGGAGGCAUUUGGAAAUGCAAAAACGGUUUACAACAACAACUCCAGUCGCUUUGGCAAAUUCAUUCAGCUUCACUUCUCACAGUGUGGAAACAUUCAGGGUGGCUGUAUCAUUGAUUACUUACUUGAAAAGAAUCGAGUUGUCCGGCAGAAUCCUGGAGAGAGGAACUAUCAUAUAUUUUAUGCGUUGUUGUCAGGGGCUCAACUUACUCACAGAGAAAUGUAUAUGUUGGCUGAUUCUCCUGAAGCGUAUCAUUAUCUGAAUCAGUCUGGCUGUGUAAAGGACAGAAGUCUGGAUGACAAACAACUUUAUGCUAGCGUGAUGGAAGCUUUGAAGGUGAUGGAGUUCACUGAGGAAGAGAUACGAGACGUCUUUAAGCUCCUCUCUGGGGUCUUACAGAUCGGCAACAUUGAGUUCAUGACUGCGGGAGGUGCUCAGAUCACCACCAAAGGAGUGGUCAAUGUGGUCAGUGAUCUGCUGGGACUGGACUCCUUUCAGCUGUCUGAGGUUCUGACUCAACGCUCCAUGAUUCUAAGAGGAGAAGAAAUCUGCUCACCACUCACUGUAGAACAGGCGAUCGAUUCCCGGGACUCCGUGGCCAUGGCAUUGUAUUCCCAAUGCUUUUCUUGGAUCAUCACCAGAAUCAACCAGAAAAUCAAAGGAAAAGACAACUUCAAGUCCAUUGGCAUUUUAGACAUCUUUGGCUUUGAGAACUUUGAGGUAAACCGGUUUGAGCAGUUUAACAUUAACUAUGCCAACGAGAAGCUCCAGGAGUACUUCAACAAGCACAUCUUCUCACUGGAGCAACUUGAAUAUAACAGGGAGGGGAUACACUGGGAAGCUAUCGAUUGGAUGGACAACGCGGAGUGUCUGGACCUGAUUGAAAAGAAACUGGGCAUGUUGGCUCUUAUCAAUGAAGAGAGCAGAUUCCCCAAAGGCACCGACUACACCCUGCUGGAGAAACUCCACAGUCGGCAUGCGGCGAACCCUUACUACGUGAAACCCAGAGUGACUGACCAUCAGUUUGGUAUCAAACAUUAUGCAGGAGAGGUGUUGUAUGAUGUGCGUGGCAUCCUAGAGAAGAACAGAGACACAUUCAGAGAUGAUAUUCUCAACAUGCUUAAGGACAGCAGGCUUGACUUCAUUUAUGACCUGUUUGAGCGUGUUGGUAGCAGGAAUGGAGAUGAAACGCUGAAGAUGGGCACUGCCCGCCGAAAACCUACUGUCAGUUCUCAGUUCAGGGAUUCUCUUCAUGCACUGAUGGCCACUUUAAGUGCCUCCAAUCCUUUCUUCGUACGUUGCAUCAAACCUAACAUGGAAAAGAAUGCGAAUAAAUUUGAUCCAGAAGUGGUUUUGAAUCAGCUGCGUUAUUCAGGAAUGCUUGAGACGGUAAAAAUCCGAAGAGCCGGUUUUCCUGUACGGAGAACCUUUCAUGACUUCCUCAGCAGAUACACAAUGAUCCUGAGAGACAGAAAACAUACAGCGGACGAAAGGAAGAAAUGUGCAGAUCUGCUCGCAAAGUAUGACGACACAGAAAAAGAGUGGCAGCUGGGAAAGACUAAGGUGUUCCUCAAGGAAGUUCUGGAGCAGAGGCUGGAGAAGGAACGUGAGGAGGUGCGCACAGCAGCUGGUAUGGUGAUCCGGGCCCACAUUCUAAGUUAUGUGGCAAGAAAACACUAUCAAAAAGUCCGGAGCAGCACCAUCACGAUCCAAAAGAACUACCGCGCUCACUUCUGGAGAAAAGUCUUCCUGCGUUUGCGCUCUGCCACGCUGGUUCUCCAGAAACACCUUCGCGGACGGCACGCUCGCCAACUCUACCGCCAGCUCUUGGAGGAAAAACUAAAGAGAGAAGAGGAAGAGAGAAUCAGACGUGAGGAAGAAGAGAGGAAACGACAAGAGGAGCUAAGGAGACUUGAAGAAGAGAAAAGGAGAGAGGAGGAAGAGAAGCAGAGACUUCGAGAAGAGGAGGAACAGAGGAGGAUAGAGGAAGAGGCUUUGCGGAUACAGCAGGAGGAGGACGAGUUUAACAGGACGCAGGAAGAGCUGAAAAGGAAGAUAUUGCAGGAGGCAGAGGACAGAGAGGCAGGGCACAGCAGGAAUCUAGUGGAACAUAAUCAUCAUAACCACAAGAGGGCGUCCCACAGCCUGUGCCAAUACUCAUCUGAAGAGGAGAGUCGUCAGAUGGAGGAGAUCCUGCGACUGGAGCGAGAGAUUGAACGGCUACAGAGACAGAGAGACGAAGGUGUGUCCUUGCUGAACGAGAACUCCAGAGACGAACUGCGGCAGAAGAGAGACGCUGAGAUCUACCGCCUAGAGAAAGAGGCUUCACGCGUGGCCACUGAGUUUCUGGAGAUGCUAGAUUUUGGCGGGUUGGAGCAGUCACUCUCUAGCGAAGAGAACCUUCACGACCCAGCCGAGAGCACGGCACCUUUGGCUGAGGAGGAGGUGGACGAAGGCUUCCACGCGGACGACGAGUGCAUACCGCUUCCCGAUUUCCCUCCGCCGUCUCCCCUGCCUCUGGACAAAGAAAUUCUUUCGAGUCUUCCACCUCCACCACCCGCCUUUGCGGAAGGUCUGGAGGCCACGUUUUCACCUGAAAGGAUGGAGCGGCCAAAAUCCAGUAGCUCCCUUAAUCAAAACAGACUUUCAGACAUUCCCCCACCUCCACCUUUACCUCCACCCCCACCUCCACCUUCAAUUCCAGCUCCUCCUCCACCUACACUGACUUUACCCAGAGAAGAUUAUGGAGUGGUAUAUAAAAACUCGAGGAAAACAGUAGCAGGGUUUGUGCUGAAGGAAGAGGAGACUAACUUCAGUAUUAUUCCAGAUACAGAGUCAGACUAUGACCAAGAGGAGUUUGAGGAGGCGUUGGGGAGUUGUGGGGACGCAGGAAGUACGAACGAUGGACACCUCACUGAUGAGGAAGUGCUUCGCAGGUCCUGUACAUACAAUAGCAUCGACUCCUUCAGAGGAAGUUCAGAUUCAUUCAUUGACAGUAAUGAUGAGAACGAUGGAUAUGUGGACACAGAUGAGGAGGUGUCGAAUUGUAGAGUGCAUCUCCUUAAUGGAAGUGGACCUCCGUAUUUCCACAGCUACCUUUACAUGAAGAGUGGACUGAUGAUCCCAUGGCGUAGACGUUGGUGUGUUUUGAAGGACGAGACCUUCAUGUGGUUUAGGGCCAAGCAGGACUCUCUCAAGUCAGGCUGGCUGUACAAGAAAGGGGGAGGAAUGUCCACCCUGUCCCGCAGGAACUGGAAGAUGCGCUGGUUCGUCCUUCGGGAUUCAAAACUCAUGUAUUUCGAGAACGACAGCGAGGAGAAACUUAAAGGAACCAUUGAUGUUCGCGCUGCCAAGGAGAUUGUGGACAACCAUGAGAAGGAGAAUGCACUGAACAUUGUGACCGAAGACAGGACGUACCAAAUCUAUGCAGAAUCACCUGAGGACGCUAGUGGAUGGUUUAACGUGCUAAGUCGAGUCCACUGUGCAACACAAGAACAGCUUUUGCAGAUGCAGCAUGAGCAGGCCAAUCCCAAAAAUGCAGUCGGAACACUGGAUGUUGGGCUUAUAGACUCUGUGUGCGCCUCUGAUAAUCCAGACAGGCCCAACUCAUUUGUUAUAAUCACUGCGAAUCGUGUGAUUCACUGUAACACUGACACGCCAGAGGAAAUGCAUCACUGGAUCGGCCUCUUGCAAAAACCCAAAGGAGACUCCAGAAUAGACGGCCAGGAAUUUAUAGUGAGAGGUUGGCUGCAUAAAGAGAUGAAGACGAGUGGGAAAACAUCUCUCAAACUAAAAAAACGCUGGUUUGUUCUGACCAACAACUCACUGGAUUAUUACAAAUCAUCAGAGCGCAGUGCUUCAAAACUGGGCACGCUGGUCCUCAACAGCCUGUGUUCUGUAGUUCAGCCCGAUGAGAAGGUUUUCAAGGAAACGGGUUACUGGAACAUAAUAGUCCAUGGAAGGAAGCAUUCUUACCGUCUCUACACCAAGCUACUGAACGAAGCCAUGAGAUGGGCUUCAGCCAUUCAGGCGGCCAUAGACAACAAGGUUCCUAUAGAAACACCAACCCAGCAACUGAUCCGAGACAUCAAGGAGAGCAGUCUUAAUGUGGAGGCUGUGGAGCAGAUGUAUUGGAGAAACCCAAUCCUGAGAUAUACCCAGCACCCACUGCACUCACCCCUGCUUCCUCUACCAUACGGGGAGGUUAAUGUCAGCUUGCAAAAGGAAAAGGGUUACACCAGCCUGCAGGAUGAGGCUGUGAAGAUCUUUAACUCCUUGCAGGAAAUGGAGGCUGUGUCAGAUCCAAUGCCCAUCAUUCAAGGCAUCUUACAGACAUGCCAAGAUCUGCGGGCACUCAGAGAUGAAGUCUACUGUCAGCUGAUCAAACAAACCAAUCACGUACCUCAGCCCAACAGCCUCGCAAACCGUGCCCAUUGGCAUCUGCUCACCUGCAUGAGCUGCACAUUCCUGCCCAGCCGUGGCAUUCUCAGAUACCUCAGAUUUCAUCUGAAGAGGAUAAAGGAACUAUUCCCAGGAACAGAAAUUGAGAUGUUUGCUGUGUUUAUUGGAGAAUCGCUGAAAAAGACCAAGGCAAGGGAGUUUGUGCCAUCGCAAGAUGAAAUUGUCGCCCUUCUGAACAGACGAGAGAUGACAACCACAGUUUACUGCCAUGGUGGAGGUUCAUGCAAGAUUUCCAUCAACUCUCACACUACAGCAGGAGAGGUUGUAGAGAAACUGAUCCGUGGUUUGGCUAUGGAGGACAGCAGGAAUAUGUUUGCUUUGUUCGAACACAACAACACGAUCGACCGGGCCGUGGAGAGCAGAGUGAUUGUGGCCGAUGUGUUGGCCAAGUUUGAGAGGCUGUCAGGAAAUGAGGUGGAGGAAGAUGGUCCUUGGAAACUUUACUUCAAACUUUACUGUUUCUUAGAUGUGGAGAGCAUGCCGAAAGAAGGAGUAGAGUUUGUCUUCAUGUUUGAACAGGCCCAUGAGAGUUUGAUAAGCGGUCACUUUCCUGCCCACGAGGAGACACUUCAGCACCUUGCUGCUUUGCGCCUACAGUACCUGCAUGGAGAUGCGUCACGGGUACACUGGAGUUUGGAUAGCAUCUACCCCACCGGCCGUCUGCGCAACCGCAUACUUCAGUUCACCAAAGCAGGAGGAGCAUCAGGACAGUCACAGACUCUGGAAAGAAGGAGGACGAGCUUCCUGGACGGGACACUGAGGCGCGGGCUAAAGACGGGCACUAUGAAGAAACAGCGGAGUAUGCAGGAAGAGCAGAUGCUGGAAAUGUGGAUCAAGGAAGAGACGUCAGCCACCAGAGCCAGUAUUACGGAGAAAUGGGGUCGACUGCAUGGGGUGGAUCAGCACCAAGCCAUGGUCAGAUACAUGAACAUCAUUAAAGAAUGGCCCGGAUAUGGAUCAACGUUAUUUGAUGUGGAGUGUAAAGAAGGCGGCUUUCCUCAUGAUCUCUGGCUGAGUGUGAGCGCAGAGAACGUGUCCGUGUAUAAAAGAGGCGAAGCCAAACCUUUGGAGACCUUCCCCUAUGAACACAUUGUUUUCUUUGGAGCUCCUCUUCCUAGCACAUAUAAGAUCACAGUGGAUGGGAGAGAUAUGUUCUUUGAGACACCUCAGGUCGGGGAGAUCGCCAAAAUCAUGAAAGCCUACAUCAACAUGAUUGUGAAGAAACGAUGCAGCGUCAGAUCAGUGGCCAGUUUUGGAAGCAACUGGAUCAGGUGAUCACAUUUGAGACAAGACUUACCUGAUGGAAAAAUGGGAGCAGCUCACAUGAAUAUGGUUUGAAGAAUAUCUGAGAAGUACAUAGAGGAUGCAGGACCCAGUUAGGGGACAAAUAUCACUUGUUUGUUCACCCUUACAAAUAAUAUGCAUAUGUGUAGACAACCAUCCUGUGUACACUGUGUCCUAACCAGGUGCAGCGUCGUGUAAUUUGUAUGUCCACAAUGAAGACGAAAAUUCUGCGGAUGCACUCCUGAAUGCUUUAACCAUGUUCCUUUCUGGUUUUGUUGAUCAAUUACGAGACGUAAUGAAACACACUUUAAAGUAAAAAGAUCAAUGCAGGGUCUUAAAGUGUUUGUUGAAAGUGUUUUAUGUCAAACACUCUGAAGUAAUUGUCAACAGUAAUGUUAAAACUUUGCCUUACUUCAUAUAAGGGCUAGCCUGUGUAGAGUUGUGUCAUUUCUGUGUCUUUCUGUGUUAAUUGUGCAGGAAUUUGUUCCAGAACCUUCACUCAGGUUCCUCGAGUUAAGAGAAUGAGGAAAGUUUCUCAGAAUGUCAAUGCCUUAAUGUCUUGCCGUUUUCAUCCUACAUUCAUUCAUAUAUUAUGCAUAAGAAGUUCUGGGUUGAGCUCAGGUACAGUAUAAAAGACAGAAAAGAUAAGCAAUAUCCCAGAAUUUAAAUGCAGUCAGUGUUAUGGUUGUCAUAGCAACAAGAGAUAAAACUUAUCUGAUAGGAACUAGUAUAUGGACAUUAACUGUAAUACUGGUGAAAAGCUGUGACAGUUCUGUUGAACACAAAAGAAGAUAUUUUGAUAAAUGAUGGUAACCACACAGUUGAUGCCACCCAUUGACUUCCAUAGUAGGAAAAACAAAUACUAUGGAAGACAAUGAGUCCCUUUAACUUUAUGCUUACCAUCACACAUCAAAAUAUCUUCUAAAUGAUGACAGAACUUGAAUUUUUAAGUGAACUAUCCAUUUAAGUAAAAAAGGUCAGUUGUCAAUUUCUUUGGUCAAACAAUUAAAAGAUCCUUUUAGUUCACAAGUCAGACUUUUUAAAGGAGAAGUGUGUGUGGUUAAGAAUGUGUGUGUGUUUUUUUAAGGAAGCCUGCGUUAUUGUUACUGAAGGAUGAUAAAUAAUUAUGGGUGGGCUGGGUAUUUAUUCAGUGUUAGUGUUUCUGUGUGGAUGUUGAUGGCUUAAUGAUGUAAUGGACUGUUAUAAUACAUGAGUGGAGAAUGUCACUGUGGUAUCAUUUUAUGGUACCAUGACACCAUGCAGAGUUUUGCUCAUUUUUGCUCCAUUAUUGAAUGUGGUCAGCUGCAGGUCAGCUCAAUGCCAGAGUUCACCCUCAUCAGAUAUAUUAGUUUAGAGACAAAAUAUUUCUGCUUCUGUAGAGGAUGAAAAUCACAAAAGUUUCUUUUUUUGUAACUGGAUUUACAAAAUGCUUUAAUAAAUUAUUUCAAU